AUGCCUACCAACCGAAGUUGGAUGAAGGCGCACCGGCGCUCUGCAGAGUUUCGAAGUGGCGUUGAUGAGUUCGUUGCGGUAGCAACGAACCACGUGAAUUCUGACGGACUAGCUCGAUGCCCAUGCAUGCGGUGUUUGAAUGUGAAUUUUCACACACCUGCAACUAUAAGGGUUCAUUUAUUUCUCAGCGGGAUCCAACCUUCGUACAAUCCCUGGUAUUUCCACGGGGAGACUUUUUCUCAGCCCCCAGUUGAACUUCCUGAAAAUGACGAAGAGGAAAUGGCAGAUGUGUUGGCGGACAUGUUAAGAGGGGACCCUGGGUUUGACGAAUCUGCUAACACUACUGAUUCUUUCAAUGAACCCCCUAUCAAUGACAACAACAAGUUUGAUGACUUGUUUAAGGAGAUGGAGGCCGAGUUAUAUCCAGGUUGCAAAAAAUCAGCCCUCAAUGCACUGGUAAAGCUUAUGCACUGUAAGGUUUUGAAUAGGUGGAGUAACCACUCUUUCGAUAUGUUGCUGUCCAUCUUGGUUGAUCUAUUUCCAGAGGGGACAAAAUUACCGAAGUUGCAUUAUGAGUCGAGGAUGCGAUUGCGUAAUCUAGGUUUGGGUUACGACUCAAUAGAUGUGUGCAAGUAUAAUUGUGCUAUUUUCUGGAAGGAGAAUGAGAAGAAGGAGUUUUUCCCUGUAUGUGGCGAAUCACGAUGGGUGAAAAGAAAGGGUAAGGAGAAAAAAAUUCCUCACAAAGUUAUGCGUUACUUCCCAUUCACACCGAGACUAAAACGAUUAUAUUGCUCAAGACACACUGCGGAGGAUAUGCGGUGGCAUUACUCGCAGAGACCAAAAGAAGACAGUGUGCUUAGGCAUCCUGCGGAUGCUGAAGAAUGGAAGCAAUUUGACUGCCUUCAUCCGUCUUUUGCUGUUGAACCUAGAAAUGUCAGACUGGGAUUGGCGACUGACGGUUUUAAUCCAUUAGGCAACAUGAGCAACUCUUACAGCCUGUGGCCAGUUAUUUGUGUCCCAUAUAAUUUGCCACCGUGGAAGUGUAUGAGUUCUGAAUCGUUGUUGUUGGCCUUAUUAAUUCCAGGUCCAUCAUCUCCUGGGAAAGACAUAGAUGUAUUCAUGAGACCGUUAAUUGAUGAACUGAAACAGUUGUGGGAGACGGGUGUUGAAACCCGAGAUGCCUACAACGGAACUGUGUUUUCAAUGCAUGCGGCAAUGUUGUGGACAAUAAAUGAUUUUCCUGCUUAUGCUCUAAUGUCUGGUUGGAGCACAAAAGGGUAUAUGUCGUGUCCCACUUGCAAUGAACAUACUCCUUCCAUUGGCCUAAAUAGUAAGAUUGGAUAUGUUGGCCACAAACGUUUUCUCGAAAUGAGUGGUCCGAGAAGGAGAAGCAAAAAGUACAAUGGUAAGCCUGAGAAGAGAGCACCACCUCUUGUAUUGACGGGGGAUGAUAUUUUAUCUCAAUUAGACCGAAUUCCAUUGAGUUUGCUUGGAAAACACAAACAGCUCGGGGGUGUGAAACGGAAGCGUUCUAGUGAAGAGCUAAGUCUAAAAAAAGUAUUUUUUUUGAGCUCGAGUACUGGAAGUCAAAGUCCUUACGACAUAAUCUUGAUGUAA